UCCGAAGCCCAGGAAAGGAGCAGAUGAUAUGGCAGCUUUGUGAGCGGCCAGGUGGAACUCGCUUUUGUUUAAUCGGGCUGACAGCGGAACAUGAGUACAGUUUAACCCGCACGCCGCAGCGGGGGAUCCGAAAAUGAUAUACCUGAUAUUAAUUUCUGCCUUCUCGGGGGCCAUCGUCACGCUCCUUCUGCAGCUCUUACUGUUGUACCGGAGGAGCCCUGAGCCUGUCGCUAGGACAGUUCAAUAUGUCAAAGCAGUUCCUGAUCCCGCACUGAAGGAUUACUUUAGCAACCAACAAGGCGAGUCAACGCAGCAGCAACCAGAUAUCACAUCGUCUGCCUCCAAACAACCGGAGGCCGCUUCUCCCAAGCAGCAAGAGACCACCGUCCCCGGCAGCAGCCCCAAACAGCAGCCGUCUUCGCCAGCGCCUUCCCUGAGCGACUCUCAGCACACCUCCAAAGCAGAGACAUGCGAUUUCCUCAAUGCCAUAUUUCUGUUCUUAUUCCGCGAGCUCCGAGACACCCCGGUCGUCAGGCACUGGAUCACAAAAAAGAUCAAGGUUGAGUUUGAGGAGCUCCUCCAGACCAAGACCGCCGGGCGUCUGCUGGAGGGGCUCAGCCUGCGGGAUUUCUCCCUGGGAAACUCGGUGCCCGUUUUCAAAACUGCCAGACUCAUGAAACCCGUGGUUCUCAAUGAAGACAACAUGCCAGAGGAGCUCAAUUUCGAGGUUGACCUAGAAUAUAACGGCGGCUUUCAUCUGGCCAUUGAUGUCGAUUUGGUAUUCGGGAAAUCGGCUUAUCUGUUUGUGAAGAUGACCCGGGUGGCAGGCCGCCUGAAGCUGCAGUUCACCCGCACGCCUUUCACGCACUGGUCCUUCUCGUUCCUGGAGGACCCGCUCAUAGACUUCGAGGUGAAGUCUCAGUUUGAGGGCCGUCCUCUGCCCCAGCUCACCUCCAUCAUAGUCAACCAGCUCAAGAGGGUUAUCAAGAAGAAGCACACUUUACCAAACUACAAAAUAAGGUACAAGCCCUUUUUUCCUUUCCAAGUGCAGCCACCACUGGCGUCAUCAUGUGACCUGGACAUCUCCAUCCGAGACACACUAUUGGUGGAGGGGCGUCUACGUGUCACACUUGUUGAAUGUAGCAGAUUGUUUAUCCUGGGCUCAUAUGAAAGGGAAACAUAUGUUCACUGCACCUUAGAGCUCAGCUCUGACGAGUGGCGGGAAAAAACUCGCAGCUCCAUCAAAGAGCCGCUCUCACCAUCGACCUGCACCGCCUUGCAGUCACGCACCCGCCGAUGCCCAUUUCCAGCACACCUCAGUACGGAGGUGAUCAAAGGACCAUCUGGCAGUGUGGGGAUGACUUUCAGGCAUGUUCCGGCCAGUGACGGUGACACGGUGCAUGUGAGCAUAGAGACCAUCACCCCAAACUCCCCAGCUGCCCUGGCGGACUUACAGAGAGGAGAUCGCCUCAUUGCUAUUGGAGGAGUCAAAGUGACAUCCUCUGUUCAAGUGCCGAAACUGCUGAAACAAGCUGGAGAGAGAGUGAUAGUGUUAUAUGAGAGGCCGGUCCGUCACCAGGUGCCUGCUGUGGGCUUGGGGACACUCCAAGAAACCCUUGGCCCAAUGGAGGAGCCAAGCUAUCUUCCUCAGCCUGGGGGCUACGAGGAGGACCCAGCCCCAAUAACCACCAUGGACAUAUCUGAUAACAGAGACAAUGACUCUGAGUUUGAGGAGCUGAUCGUUGAGUCCAAAUCAACUGCAGCUCCAGUCACUGUUGACACUAAGGAGGACUUCCUGCUCUCUGUAAACCAAAGUCCCAAAAAAACUGUGGCCAACCUGGCCAAGCCCCUUGGUUCCAUCUCGCCAAUUCUCAACCGCAGGCUGAACCUUCAGUCCCCACUCAAACCCCAGCCCAAAGAAUCACCAAAGCCGCCAAAUGUCAAGACUGCUGAACCCUCUGAACAGCCACAGAGACCAACGGUGCCCCCUCCUCCACCACCUGCACGCCCUCCUGUUCCUCCCAGACCCCAUAUAAAAGUCACAUCUGCCUCCUCAGAAACCCAAAGCCUGGUAGAAAGUAAUGAACCUGCAGUGGAAAAAAGUCCAGAGAAAACGCAACCCAUUACUGGCAAUGGCGAAAAACCAUUAGAAAAAAUCCCUGUUAAGUCACCAGAGUCGAAGCCUGUGAGCAAGCACCCAGAGCCCACAGAGGAAAUCCUAAAUAUUCCAGUCACAAACAAACAAGAUUCAGCCAAAGAUAAGAUAUCUGAGAGCUCCUCCAACACUAGGGACAGUGUAGACGAGCAGGGUCUCUGGGAAUCAUCGGAGACUAUGUAUCGCAGCAGAACUGCUCGCUGGAACAAAGCCUCUGUGGUCUUUGAAGUGGAAAACAACCACAAAUUCCUUAAUGUAGCACUUUGGUGCAAGAACCCCUUCAAGCUCGGUAGUCUCUUGUGCUUAGGGCAUGUCAGCUUGCGCUUGGAACACAUAGCACUGGAAUGCUUAUCUACAUCAUCUGCUGAAUAUCAGAGCACCUUUCGUCUGUGUGCUCCUGAACCAAGGGCCAGCGUCAGCCGUACCGCUUUGCGCAGCUUGAGCACUCACAAAGGUUUUAACGAGAAACUCUGCUAUGGAGAUGUUACACUCAACUUCACUUACCUGGCAGAUGGAGAGUCAGACCUGUCCAGUGGACUUAUAGAGCGUGAGCGGGAAGGGAGUCUUCAGGAAGAAGACUUGAAAGACCGGGAAAAGGAACGGGAGCAAGUGCUCAUGGUAACCCGGGAUGAACAGAGUUACAGCGGCAUGCAAAUAGGAGAGAUGCGGCACAAUUUUCAAGACACUCAGUUCCAGAAUCCCACUUGGUGCGAGUACUGCAAGAAGAAGGUGUGGACCAAAGCUGCCUCCCAGUGCAUGACCUGUUCGUAUGUUUGUCACAAGAAGUGUCAAGAGAAGUGCCUAACAGAGCACCCUUUCUGCGUAGCUGCCUCAGACCGACGUGGGGCAGAUCCUGAGGCAAAGUCCACCAUUAAUCGGGCAACCACUGGCCUUACACGUCACAUUAUCAACACUAGCUCUCGACUCCUCAAUCUGAGGCAGGUGCCCAAAACCAGACUUCCAGAGCAGGUUGCAGAAAUAGGAUCAGGGGUGGUGGAGCCUUCUCCGAAACACACGCCUAACACAUCUGACAAUGAGAGCAGUGACACAGAGACCUAUGCUGGGGCCAGUCCUUCCAAGCAGCCACCUGGUAGUGGUGGCUCCAAACUGGUGCGUAAAGAAGGUGGGCUAGAUGACAGCGUGUUCAUCGCCGUCAAAGAGAUUGGUCGAGAUCUUUACCGUGGCCUCCCAACAGAUGAACGUUCGCAGAAACUGGAGUUUAUGUUGGACAAGUUGCAGCAGGAGAUUGACCAGGAGUUGGAGCAUAACAACUCUCUAAAUGUGGAAGAACGAGAGACGAUUGACUCACGACGCAAGGCCCUCAUCUCUGCAGCUCUGGCCAAGUCCGGUGAACGACUCCAAGCUUUGACUCUGCUCAUGAUUCACUACCGUGCUGGCAUCGAAGACCUAGAGUCUGUAGAAAGCACCUCACCAUCUGAACAGCAUGGCUUUCCGAAGGCGAAAGCCGAGGGUCUGGAGGAGGCCCUGCUGGGCACAGAAGUGUACGACAGUGACAUUUGCAGUCCCGUUGAUGUUCAGAUGCUGGAUGAGAUUACGGAGGAACAGAUCUGUGUAGAGGCUUUACCGUAAAGAUGACAAAAGGCGUCAGGGGCUUGGGACUCAAGAACAAAGACUUUUUAUCAUGUAUGAUUUUGAUUAAGAUUGACCUGUGCGCAUUCCACAGGUGAUUGUGAGGUUUGCAAAAGUAUUCCUGAAUAUCACUGCAAUGUACUGUCAUUUGAAGAAUUUUGUGAGAGUGUCAGUAGUUUACCAGAUUUUUUUUUUUUACAUUUUAAUUUUUUUUUAAAUAAAUAAUUUCCCCCAUCUUUAGUCUUUUAGUUAGUUGUAGAGGACAAAACCAUCAAUCUGAAGACGUUCAGCAGUAUUACAUAAAAUGCACAAAAUAUGAGUUCCCAUGACAUCAUGAUCAAGCCGAGUUUUACCUGCCUUACCUGAAUGGUUUAGUCAAUUUUUUAAACAUAAACUUCAAAAGGGAGAGUCAGUGUGAAGCAAGAUGAGCUUGAAUACGUAUUUUUAUUCAAACUUUGUGUAUUAGUACAGACUGAAUUAUAUACUUGUUUGCUGUUAGUGAUGUUCAUGGUUGGAAAUUCACCCUGCCUAGUGUGUUUUGAGCUUCAAGCCCCUCUGCCUUACACUAUAAACUACAAAAUGUAGGAUUAUACCUGAAAAACAGUCCAUAGAACAUGAUGCCAUUCCUAACCAACAUUGUCCUCUCUGAUAAGCACCUUUUCUCAUGUUACUUCACAAUUGUUACUAAUUUUAAAGCGUUUGUUUGUUUAUUUUUUAAAUGUUGAACUGAGAGGGAAUCCUCAUAGGACAGAUAAUCUUGAUGUUAUUAUACUUUUGGGGACCAUUCUUUGUCUAAUUUAUGUCACAAAGCCAAUGUGACCUUUUUAUUUUGAGGGAGGGAUAUUUAUAUUGCAUUCAUAUGUUUCAUAAUAUAUGUUUCCAUUAAUUGUCAAUAAUCUCAUUAUAUUUUAAUCUCACAAUUAACUUGCUUUGAGCCUUUGUGUUUUAAAAUGGUGGCAAUUUUUCUCAAACCUAUUUAGCUUUUUAUCCACCAUCAGUUGGUCUGGGUGAAUGGUUGUUUGUGUGAAUGUGUCAGCCAGUUAAUUUUUGGUUUCCUUUUCGUACUGUAAUGUUCAGUUUUGUUUUGACGCGAGGAAAUUUUCAUUGUCUCGCAUCUGUGUGCUUGGGCAUGUUAUAGCACCUUUGAACGUUAAUUUUACAUGUGUACUAAUGAAUGUAUCUCCCAAAUGACUCACUUUACAUUCAUUAUUCCAUUCACCUCUCAAAACAUAAUUUCUCAAAGUGUAAAACUACAUCAUUAAAAACUUUCUUUUGUCAAUGCAUACAGUAUUCCCUAAUUCCAAAAGCUAAUGUGUAAAUUCAUUAACAGUCUGCUGGGCUCAAAAGCUGUGAGUCUGGUUUAGCCUCUGUCUGUCUAUUUCAAAUUAGUUUUCAUUUAUUUUAUCUACCCUAAAUGGACUUCAGUCUAUAUAUUUAUAUAUAAUUUUUUCUGUCAUCACUCACAUUUUAAUAUUAUUUAAAUGUGGUUUACACAUUGACAUCUGUCAUUGAGUACAUGCAUUGCUGGAUCUUUUUUUCCAGAAUUAAAGCUUUUCAGUAAAAACAAAUGACAAGGCCUUUAGGUGGCGAGGACAGAACUCCUAAUCUAAUCAACCUAGUCGUGCUGUCCCUAGUUAAUGUUUCUGCUGCUAUAACAUCUAUACUAUCCAAAGGCCUGGAACAUAAUAACAUUUUUAAGAGUGGGUCCCCCUCACCCUGACCCAAUAAUUACCUUUCACCAUAGAGGACUUUAUUGGCCCCCCCCUCUUCACAGGGCCUUGGACAACACACCCAAAAGAAGUUUACCACUCAAACCAGAAAGGAACUUUUUCCUUUUGAAUCACUGGAAGGAGUAACAUUUAAAUGCUAAUACUAAAUCAGUCAUUAAAAUGACUAAGAAUCUUUUUUUUGUUGUUGUUGUUUGCUGCUGCUGCUGUUAUCCUGUGCUUCUCAAAUUCAACGCCACCAACAUAUGCUCACAAAAUAUUGCUCCAAUUAUCUCUAUCACAAUGGAGGGAAAAUACAGUAAAAUAACUAGUAUAAAACAUCAUAUCCACCUUGGCAAACUGUGGUUAAGCUUUUCUGGAAAAGCUGUUGUUCUUAUUGGAAGCUGUGUCAUGUUUUAAAGCGCUAUUGUAAAUGGGCUAGUAAUGUAGGUGACUUUAAACCAUGUCCUUUCUCCCUGAACUUAUAUAGUGCUCAACAUGUGGGUCCAUCCUUUCUUUUUGUUGUUGUUGUUGUUGUUUUUGCUUUAUGUAAAUAUGAUUUUGUUCUUUUGUGAGUUUUAAUUACGGUGGAGGGCAUCCACUGACAAAGUGCACAGCUUUUAAAUUUGCUGCAAGACCUUUAUGCACUGACAUAUCAUAUUUGCUUAUGCACUUGAGAUAAAUAAAUUGUUAGAAAUAAAAAAA